AUGCUUUUGAGAUUAGAUGUAGAGCAUCCUAUUUAAUUCGAAAUAAUCUAAACUUAAGGAAAAAUGCCCGAAGGCAGAUUUUCUCAUUCAAUGGAUUUAGUCGUAGGAUUAAAUAGUUUAGUUAUUUAUGGAGGAAUUGGUCAAAAUUAUAAAUUUUUAGACGAUUUUUGGAUUUUCUAAUUACAUUUGUGGGAAUGGAUGAAAGUUAACUGUAAACAUUAACACGAGAAUUUAAAUUUAAACAAAUUUGAACACUCUAGUUGUGUUUUUGGAAGCUAAAUCUUUAUUUUUGGGGGAAUAUCUAAUUAAAAUUAUUGCGACUGCUUCCUUUAUUCGGUUGAAAGUGAUUCUUGUGAAAAUUAAAAAUAAAAUAAAGCGGAUGAUUAUGGAGAAAAAAGUGUUAGAAAUGUAGACAAAAGUAUUGGAAAAGUUAAUAAUAAUUAGAAGAAAAAUUUUAGAAUUAAAAGGUUUUCUAAUCAUAUUUGA